AUGAACCAACUUACGGCCGCCGCAUCCCCCACAGCAAGUGCGGAGGCGCGCAUUUCCGACUUCACCGCGCUGCUGCCAGAGGGAUGGGGUGAAAACGGCGGCGUCGUCACCCGCACGCUGAAGGGCCUGCUGCAGAACCCGUUUUUCAGUGCUGGUGCGGGGCUGUAUCUUCUCACCUUUGCGGGAGCAGCGGCGCGUUCCUUCUCUACCGUCAUGCAGACAGCGAUGCGGCGUCGCUUUGUUGUUUCCAUGGAAGUUACCAGUCAAGACGAGAGUUAUGUGUGGAUGGUGCGCUGGCUGGCGCAGAACCCUGCCUUUUACGUUCAGCAGAUGAGUGUUACUACACGCAACACGACCAUCUUUUCUAAUGAUGAGUCUUCGCAUGAGUGUCUCUACGCACCAUGCACGAAUGUUCGGCAUUGGUUCUGGUACAAUGGCAGGCCUAUGAUGCUGCAGCGUCGACGUGUGGAGACACAAGCGAUGGGUAAUGAUGUGCUAGAGACCAUGCAGCUGUCCACCAUAGGACUGACGUCAACCAUCAUGAAGGAAAUAUUGGAGGAUGCCCGUCGACUCACAUCCAUGCGGAAUAGUGACCACACCGUUAUUUACCAAAACUCAGGUGGGCGGUGGACGCGACAGGAGCCACGACGUCGUCGUCCGUUGCACUCUGUGGUGCUGGACGGUAACACAAGUGCGGAGAUUUUGAAGGAUGUGAAGCUUUUUUUGCAGUCCAGCAAGUAUUACGAGGACCUCGGUGUGCCCUAUCGCCGUGGGUACCUGUUGCAUGGCCCACCAGGAUGCGGAAAGAGCAGUUUUGUUAUGGCGCUUGCUGGGGAGUUGCGUCUCUCCAUUUGUCCUUUAAGCCUGUCAAGUCGCGGUCUGAGCGAUGAGGCGUUGGUGGGCCUGUUGAACAGCGCCCCGCUGCGUUCCAUCGUGUUGCUUGAAGACAUUGAUCGUGCAUUUAGCGCCGACAGCCACAUCACGAUGAGCGGGUUACUCAACGCGCUUGAUGGUGUGGCGGCGCAGGAGGGAAGAAUUGUGUUUAUGACAACAAAUCACGUGGAGCGUCUUGAUGACGCUCUCAUACGUCCAGGGCGAUGUGAUGUGAAGUUGGAGAUUGGGCUUCUGUCACGUGACCAGGCGCAGCAGUUGUUCCGGAAAUUUUUUCCGGACGCCGAUGACAAACUUCGGGCCGAGUUUGCGGAACAGAUCCCGUUGAAUGUGUUGAACGUCGCGCAGAUUCAGUCGCACCUCUUCCUGCACCGCGACAGUGCCACAGAGGCGGUACGGACGUUGAGGGAAUUCCUGCACACCGUGAGGUCGUUUGAGACGCAACUGCGGCAAGCACGAGAACGGGAGAAGUGCGUGGAACGCAUGAAACGUGCGCCCUUGUUGCACAAUCUCUGA